ACGAACCGAGUUGACGCUUCAGACUUGGAGCUGAAACUCUGUGCAUGAGAUGGCCUUUUACAGCGGCCAGUGUGGCCGACUUUUCUCAACUAACGCUUUUCUUCCUCUGCGGAUUGUGAAAGUGUCCUCCAGAGAGCAGGCGUGUAAGCAUUAUUCCCGGGCGACUCGGGGAGAACAUCAGGUUAAAGCGGCAGAGGCGAGUGCUACACCUUACACCAGCGCUGCAGCUUCUAGCGUUAACCUUAAACACCAAAGCGAGCAGGACCUAACUAUAGCAGACAACCGGAGGCGGGUUUUAAAGGACGUCUUACCUUUCUCAGCAUUCCUCACGGACACAUUUGGAAGGAGACACAAUUAUCUGCGGAUUUCCCUUACAGAAAAAUGCAACCUUCGCUGUCAGUACUGUAUGCCAGAGGAAGGGGUGAAGCUGAGUCCGAAAGAGCAGCUCUUAUCUACAGAGGAGGUGCUGACUCUGGCUCGGCUGUUUGUUCGAGAGGGGGUGGAGAAGAUCCGCCUGACUGGAGGAGAACCCCUUAUCCGCCCUGACGUCCUACAUAUAAUCGCGGAAUUGAGGAAAUUGGAGGGUCUGAAGACCAUCGCUGUAACUACGAAUGGCAUGAACCUCGCCAGGCUGCUGCCCGGUUUAAAGAAAGCCGGAGUGAACUUGCUGAACGUCAGUCUAGACUCAUUAGUGCCAGCCAAGUUCGAGUUCAUCGUUAGACGCAAAGGUUUCCAUAAGGUGAUGGAAGGAAUUGAUAAAGCCAUUGAAUUGGGUUACAAUCCAGUUAAGGUGAACUGCGUGGUGAUGAGAGGCCUGAAUGAAGACGAGCUCCUGGAUUUUGUGACUCUGACAGAGAGGAAGCCCCUCGAUGUGCGCUUUAUAGAGUACAUGCCCUUUGAUGGCAAUAAGUGGAACUUCCGCAAGAUGGUGAGUUACGCAGAGAUGCUGGACCGCAUUAAGCAGCACUGGCCGAGUCUGGAGCCGCUUCCUGGGGACGAGACAGGGACCGCCAAGGCUUUCAGAGUACCAGGAUUUCAGGGCCAGCUGGGUUUCAUCACCUCCAUGUCAGAUCAUUUCUGUGGCUCCUGCAACCGUCUGCGCAUCACAGCCGAUGGCAACCUGAAGGUGUGUUUGUUCGGAAACUCAGAGGUGUCUUUGAGAGACUGUUUGCGCUCUGGAGCAUCUGAUGAGGAACUUCUGCAGAUAAUAGGAGCUGCAGUGGGGCGGAAGAAGAAACAGCACGCUGGCAUGUUCAGUAUAUCCCAGAUGAAGAACAGGCCAAUGAUCCUCAUUGCUGGAGAACGCUGCCGGCCUGCACCCACAUUGAGAAGUGAGCUGAGGAAGUAUCCGGUCCCUACUCUCCACACACCUCUGCCAGGCCGAGCAUCACCACAUUUUAAGAACCCUUAUUACCUACACUACAGCGUCCAAACUAGCGAGGACUUAAGCAGCAGCACUUUUACCAUGAAUGCACCAGCUUCUACAAACUUCGGCAGCUCUCACGAGAGGGAGAUGCCACAAGAUGUUUACCAUGUCCAUCAGGGAAGGAGGCAGGCUUUCCCUGAGGAAUUUUGUACUAAUGAUUCUGUGUAUGCUUCCAGUUCUGAAACACACACAGGUAGAUUUGCACGGCUGAGACACGCACAUAGACUUGUUGGCUAUUUCGGGAACGACUCGUUGAAGGGCAUCCAGUAUUUCUCCACAUCUCUUCUUAGCACUUUAAUCCCUAAACGGAAUCACAUAAUGCAGCAGAAUGUAAGGGAGUGUCACAACCAAAAGGAUGCAUGCGAAAGCUUCAGUGUAUCCUGUCACACUCCAAACAAAGAGGAAACCUCUGACCAGCUCACCCACACCGACGCUCACGGCAGGGCCUCGAUGGUGAACGUCGGACAUAAAGCAGUGACGCGUCGUACUGCCACGGCGAGCGCCAGGGUUCUCCUAGGCGCCAAAGCUUUCAGCCUGGUCCGUGCCAACCAGAUAGCUAAGGGUGACGCUUUGGCGGUCGCGCAGCUAGCGGGCAUCAUGGGCGCUAAACAAACAUCCGGUCUCAUUCCUCUUUGCCACCCUGUAACCCUUGACCACACCUCCAUCACUGUGGAGCUACUGGAAGAGGGGAAUGUGGCCGUUGUCUUGGCAACUUGCCAGGCAACAGGCCGCACCGGAGUGGAGAUGGAGGCUCUGACAGCCGCGUCCAUCGCCGCCCUGACUCUCUAUGACAUGUGUAAGGCAGUCAGUCGUGAUAUAGUUAUAACUGACAUCAGACUUUUGAGUAAGACUGGAGGAAAGCGGGGUGAUUUUCACCGUACCAUCUAAUACUAAACCACGCACAGAUCAUCCAUAAACACAAUGUAGCUACAUCAAGCUGACAUAUUCGCCCGUAACAAAGCUCUUUAUGGUGCCUUUAGAAUUCUUGAAUAUUGUAUUCAUAUACUUUUUAGUGUCCAUUGCCUUUGUAGCAGAAUUCUACAUCCUGACUAAAAUUCUUCUGUAUUUUUUUAGAGUGAUAUUUGAAAGACAGCUUUUGAAGUCUUGAGUGUUAUUUUUUGAAAAGGCACUUAGUGUUGUAUCAGGAUUGUCACAUGAUCAUUAUGAAUGUAUUAAUGACCUGUGGAGUCAAGGAUCCAAUCACUGUCCUUGACAAAAAAAAAAAUUUUCUGUAUAGACAUGUUUUACCUUGCAGCAAACAGCGUAUUCCACCUCAUGCUGAUUUGGGUGGAAAUUCAGGAACUGUGAGUUGUACAGUUUCUGGACCUAUCUACAGGAGUUCUUUGUAGUGAACAUGUCUGCAAACAGCAUGGACUUCAGUGUGGACUGAUUACUGGACAUCAGAGGCAAAGUUAGGCCUGGUCCCAACUAUCAUGCCAGGUUUUAAGCCAAUAAGGUAACUCAUUUCGCCAAUUCCUACUCAACUGAAAUGACCGAUGAUAGAAAUAUGGGUUUGCCUGAUUUAUAGCAACCACAGUUUCUCCAUCAUCCUCAUAUUCAUGGUUAGAGUUUAUGUGUGAUGACUUUGAUGCACUGAACAGAGAGGAAAAAAACAUUCUCAAAGACUGCAGUAGA